AUGAUGAAACGAGUGGUCCAGAUCCACGUCGGGAUGCUGUUUGUGGCUCUGCAGGCGGCUGCUGCAGGCAUGGUGAAAGUUGACGGGCCCCAGCCUGGAGGUGGCAGUGGCAGUGAUGGAGACAGCAUCAGUCACUCCCUGACCGUGGUGCAGCGCCUGGAGGCCCUGCUGGUCCAGGGAAACGGCAGCGACGUCUCUCUCCGAGUGGAGACGCCCAACGCGGACGAGAUGAAGCUGCUCCAGGUCCACUCUCUGGUCCUCUCCCUGCAGAGCCCCGUGUUUGAGGAGAUGAUGCUGAACCGUAACAGCAGCGUGCUCGUGCUGAAGGAGAGCUCCGACUGUGCUGCCGUGUUUGACAAGUUCAUCAGGUAUCUGUACUGUGGCGAGCUCUCUCUGCGCCUGGAUCAGGCCAUAGCGUUACACAAACUGGCCACCAAGUACCAGGUGAUGGGUCUGCAGCAGGGCAUCACACAGUACAUGACCCAGAGCCUGGCCCGGGACUCUCCCUCAGGCCAUGUGGCAGGCUGGUAUGAGUACGCCCUGCAGGCCGGAGACCUGACCCUGAGGGACAGCUGUCUGCAGUACAUGGCGUGGAACCUGUCGUCGGUGCUGCAGAGCAGCGAGUGGGUGACCAUCAGCAGCCAGCUCCUCAUGUCCCUGCUGCAGCGCUCCGACCUCAUCCUCCAGAGCGAGAUGGAACUGUUUGCAGCCCUGGAGACGUGGAUUCUUCAGAAUGAGCCCGACGGUCUGACUGCAGAGAACGCGCUUAGAGCUGUGCGCUAUGCCAUGAUGCCACCACGGGAGCUCUUCCGCCUGCAAACGCAGUCCACAGUCCUGGCUCGCUACCAGGAGUCGGUGCGUGACCUGCUGUACAUGUCCUACCAGUUCCACUCUGCGUCACCGCUCAGCAUGGCGAAGUACUUUGACGUGAACUGCAGCCUCUUCAUGCCCAGGAACUACCUGUCCCCGGUGUGGGGGUCGCCCUGGAUCAUCAACAACCCGACACGAGACGACCGCAGCACCAGCUUCCAGACUCAACUCGGACCCAGCGGACACGACGCCAGCAAGAGGGUGACCUGGAACGCCCUCUUCUCUCCGCGCUGGCUUCCUCUCACCAUGAGGUCCAUGUACACGGAGACGGGCGCCAUGCAGCCGACACGUGUGGAGGGAGGGCGCCCUCGCAUCAUCAUCACACCGGCGACGUCCAGCGCAGAUUUUGCCGGGGUGAACUUCCAGAAGACGGUGCUUGUGAUGGCUCAGCAGCAGGGGAAGGUGGUGGUGAAGCACGUCUACAGCUUCCACCAGAGCACGGAGGAGAACGGCGACUUCCUGGCUGAAGCCGACCUGUACCGCCGGACGUCUGAAUACCUCAUCGACAGCUCCCUCUACCUGCACAUCAUCGUGAAGCCGCUUUACCAAACCCUCAUCACCACCAAAAACUGA